AUGGCCGCGUCCGCUUGUUCUUCUGCAGUUAAUCUGCACAACUUCCGGCUGCUAGCGACUGGGAAUGAUACAGCCAGUGCAGCGCCGUCCUCGGCGCCUCUGACAGCGCCGCUUUCCUUCUCCCUCACCUUCCACUUCCAGCGUUAUGACGGGGCCGACUUUGAGUCUUUCAUCACCUCUUUGGGCGUCUCCGUUGACUUUGUGGCGGAUGUGGCGUCGGAGAAAACGACGCUGACCUUGCUACCACUCACACCUGUGAGUGGCCCGUUGGCACGACCGGACUCCACCACGGCAAACGGCGCCUUUUUGAUGGCGGCCAGCGCGUCGGACUUAUCGACGUCCUCCUCUGAUUAUGCAGCAGGCGCUCCAGUGGAUGGCGCUGCUGGAGCUGCGCCCGGGGUGAUGUAUCAGCUGAGGGUGUACUUGAGCGAUUUUCGCCCCUUGGAAGCGGUUCAGUUGAAGCACCUACUGCAGGUGAGCAUGAUGCGUGUCCGGCUGGCACGUCUCGGCACCGGUGAUGACGUCGCGAACAGCGACAUGAGGGACCCACGCACAGAGGAGCGCUCGGUGGCGGCGUGGAAUGUUAUUUGGCGGGUGCGGCGCAACCCACAAAACGAGCAAGAGCUGAUACGCACGGUGCUAGACCCGCUCGCGUAG